AUGUUAAAGAUCCUACAAAUAAAUGUUAAUAGAAGUAGUUCUGCUACUGAGAGCGCGCUAGACCUAGCUAUUAAAGUAGACGCCAAAAUCGUCGCAAUCUAUCGCUCACCAGAACUUUACUCAGAUACUACCUACCCUAGAGGACUCCUCCUUAAGGCCUAG